AUAAAAAACAGAUAAAUCUAUUUUGUAAGUAUUAUAUUACUCACCAAUCACCAUUGCCGUCCAACCAAAGCUAGAAAAUUAUAAAAUUAAAUUCCAACUCUAGAAGCAUGGCAACGAUUCCUCUGUUUUACGCUUCAUUACUCUGCUUUCUCUUCAUUUUCCAUCUUUCAGAAGCUCAGUCAUUUAUCGGAGUUAAUUACGGCCAAGUGGCGGAUAAUCUUCCGGCACCGGAGGUGACCGCUAAGCUACUACAGUCAACUACAAUCGAAAAGGUCCGGUUGUACGGGUCUGACCCGUCCAUCAUCAAGGCUCUAGCGAAUACCGGCAUCGGAAUCAUGAUCGGGCUGGCAAAUGCCGACAUUCCGGCGAUGGCCACCGACCCCGGAUUUUCGGAGAGAUGGAUACGUUCAAAUGUGCUUCCUUUCUACCCGGAGAGUGUCAUCACGACCAUCAACGUCGGGAAUGAGAUCCUCUACUCCGGCGACCGGAAUCUGAUCGCGCAGCUCUUGCCGGCGAUGCAGAAUCUGCAGAAUGAGCUUAACUCGGCCUCAAUCGGAGGGAAAGUGAAGGUGUCCACGGUUCAUGGGAUGUCUAUGCUGAUAUCGUCGGAGCCGCCGUCGUCCGGGAGGUUUGACCCGGCGGUAAUUGAGUCUCUGAAAGAGCUGCUGAGCUUCUGUAAGGCCACCGGCUCUCCUUUCCUCAUCAACCCUUACCCCUUUUUCGCUUACCGGAGUGACCCCCGGCCGGAAACGUUAGACUUCUGUCUCUUCCGGUCCAGCUGCGGCCGUUACGAUCCCGGCUCAAAUAUAAACUACAUGAACAUGUUCGAUGCGCAGUUGGAUGCGGUAAGAACGGCGUUGAAUGUGAUUGGGUUUAAAGAAGUGGAGAUAGUGGUUGCGGAAACAGGGUGGCCAUACAAGGGUGACGAGAACGAGGUUGGUCCUAGCCUAGACAACGCCAAGGCAUAUGCUGGUAACUUGAUUUCUCACUUGAGAUCUAUGGUAGGAACCCCAUUGAUUCCUGGAAAAUCUGUCGACACUUAUCUCUUUGCAUUGUACGAUGAAAACCUUAAGCCUGGACCUACUUUUGAAAGGUUCUUCGGGCUCUUCAGCCCUAAUUCAUCCAUGAGCUACGAUGCUGGACUCUCAAAGUCAUCCACUCAUGAGUUCACGAUAGUGCCGCCGUGAAGAUGAAAGACUGAUUGGAGAAAGACAGUUCGUCUGUCGUCUGGGAAGAGAGAUCUCUUGGCCUGUCGUCUUCUGGAGACUGGAGUAAACCUUGCUCCGCAUGGCCUCAUCCUGGAGUAAAGCAACGACGAUCAUUGGUCGUUGGCCAAGCAUGAGGAACGUUGAAUUGGAGAGGGAAAUUUAUGAUUAACCCUUUCUGAUUUGAUCAUAAUUACUAGUACAAUCUUGUAAUUUUGGAUUCCAGCUAUAUAUCCCUUGGACUUUGAUUCUAUUUGUUGUCUUCCCCUUCCAUCAAAUCCUAUUAAGAAAAUAAACGACUCAAUAACAAACAUCGUUAAAUAGACACUGUUUUGACCAAUAUACCCUUAUUAUUGAUUUUUG